AUGCCUAAUAUCUUCAGUUUGAUCUGUAUCUGUCUUCAUUCUGCCCUUCAUUCGAGUGGUUUUUUCUUCGCGAAACUGCCCGAGGCCUAUGCUGUUUUCAAUCCAAUCGUAGAUGUUAUGCCGGUCAUACCUUUGUUCUUUUUUCUCUUAGCCUUUGUUUGGCAAGCUGCUGCAAGUUUUCGAUGA